GCCUUGCGCGGUGACAACGAACUGCGAUGAUGGGCACGGAGGCUGACGCGGAUGGCCGGUACUUGCCGCUCGGGCUGCCGGCAGUCCCUCCCAGCAACGAUCCGCAGCGACUCCUGGCAUAUGUACUUCAAGUGCUACCGCAAUACACGGCAAUGGAGCUCAGCGCGACGCACUACCGCCUCUACACGCAGCAGCUGCGGACCGAAGUCGACCGAUGGAAGCAGCAGGCGACAAUGACGAUGCAGCGCUUACUGGACGAAGAAGACAAGCGCGUCUUUAUGGAGCGGUACGCUGCCGAGGUUGUGAAGGAGCGCAACGAUGUCUUGCACCACAAGGGCGCCAAGAAGCACAAGGUGUGGCAUAACUGCUGUCGGCAGCACGCGUCGUACGACUUGGACGUGACGCCAUCGAUCGUGUCGCUUCGCGGUGAGAAGCUCACCGAGUGCAGCCUGGAGCUCAAGCAAGCACGCGCUUCGCUACUCGAGAAGGAUCGGCUCCUCGACGCCGCCCACGAGCUCCUCAACACCAAGCAAAUCGACUUUGACGCGUUCGUCAGCGCCGCGCGUAAGGAAAAGGAGCAGCUCGAGCACCAGCUUGCGACGCGUGCGGGGCUUCAAGGCUCGCAGGAGCGCCGCCUCGCCGACGUCGAGCGCCAGCUGUGGGACGAUCAGCAGGCGCUGGCCGAGAAGAACGCUGGUCUGGACCAGCUCCACGACCGCAUCGACGACUUGGAGCAGCAAUGCAGUCGCCUUCAGAACGACGUUGUCACCAAAGCCACUGCGAUCUCGGGCCUCGAAGCUGAGGUGCGCCGUCUCCAGUCGACGCUCCGAGAUACGCAAGAGCAGCUCGUGACGUGGCAGCAGCAGGCGCAAGAAAAGGACAUGGAAAUCGAGUCGCUCCACGGCCAAGUCGAAGCGCUCUCGACGGCCGACUUGCAAUCGCUGCAGGCACGGUAUGCCAAGCAGAUUGAGACGCUUGUCGCGCAGCACGAGGCCCAGAUUCGCGCGUACGAAAUGCAGCUGCGUCCGCCGCCACCCGUACUGGAGCCGGCGCCAGCGCGGUCCAUGUCGCGGAGCUUUGAAGCGCGCAUGACCCUCGAUGAGAUCUCGUCGUCGGCCGAAGACAGUGAUGACAAGCCGCUGUUGAGUCCUUCGUACUUUCAGUCGCACACCUCGAGCCCGUUCCAGACACCGUGCCGGCAAACGCCGCUGCCAGCACACUUUCGACGGCACUCGGAAGGCACGCGGUCGUCGACACCGCCCAACGUUCGUCGACGACUCCUCGAGAACGACUUGUCGAUGCUCUCGUCGUCUUCGGCCGCGUCGUCCAAAGCGUCGCAACACUCUUCGUCGCGCACGCCCGAGCGCCAAGCCAUUGUGAGUCGGCUACAUGCGCUCGUGCAAGAGAGCGAACAGCGGCGAAAGCUCGAAGAGUCCCGGGCUGAGGAAGAUCGCGUCGCCCUCGAAGCGCUCAAGCAGCGAUUACAGGCGCGACAGACUGUGUAAUUGAAAGCAUAAUUCGAAGAUCCCACGUGGCUUGUUCCAUCACCCCA